AUGGCGCUUCGCUGGGGCAUCGUGUCAGUCGGCCUUAUCUCCAGCGACUUCACGGCCGUGCUGCGAACGCUGCCUCGCUCCGAGCACCAGGUCCACCCUCCCUCCGGAAUCCUCCGGGUGAAGGAGUUUGCGAGGAAACAUGACAUCCCCAAGGCCUAUGGGUCCUAUGAGGAGCUGGCCAAAGACCCGAAUGUGGAGGUGGCCUACAUUGGCACCCAGCACCCCCAGCACAAGGCCGCAGUGUUGCUAUGCCUGGCAGCGGGCAAGGCCGUCCUGUGCGAGAAGCCCAUGGGCGUGAACGCUGCGGAAGUUCGCGAAAUGGUUGCGGAAGCCCGAUCCCGAGGCCUCUUUCUUAUGGAGGCCAUCUGGACCUGCUUCUUUCUUGCUGUACAGGCUCUGAGGUCGGCUGUGUCUCAGGGAAUUCUGGGGGAUCUCCGGGUGGCUCGGGCAGAAUUUGGGAAGGACCUCACCCACGUACCCCGGGCCGUAGACAGAGCCCAGGCUGGUGGUGCCCUGCUGGACAUUGGCAUCUACUGCAUCCAGUUCAUCUCUAUGGUCUUUGGUGGGCAGAAGCCAGAAAAGAUUUCAGCCGUGGGAAGACUCCAUGAAACAGGUGUGGAUGACACUGUCACCAUGCUCCUCCAGUACCCAGGAGAGAUCCACGCCAGCUUCACCUGCAGCAUCUCUGCUCAGCUCUCCAAUAUGGCCUUUGUGAGCGGUACCAAGGGCAUGGCCCAGAUCCUCAAUCCCUUCUGGUGCCCAACAGAGCUGGUGGUGAAGGGAGAGCAUGAGGAGUUCCCGCUGCCCCCAACCCCAAGCAAGGAAUUCAAUUUUACAAAUGGAGCAGGCACGGUUUAUGAGGCCAAGCAUGUCCGGGAGUGCCUGCGAAAGGGCCUGAAGGAAAGUCCUGUGAUACCCCUGGCGGAAACUGAACUCCUGGCUGACAUCCUUGAAGAAGUAAGGAAGGCCAUCGGAGUCACCUUCCCCCAAGACAAACGCUGAUGCAUGCCGUGAAUAAAGACAUGGUUCCCACAGA